AAAUUCCUUUGGUCAUGAAUUUUUGGAAAAUGUGCGUGUGUGCGUGUGUGUGUGUUGUGUGAGGGAGAGACUUUCUUUUCAGAUCAAAUAUGGAAUUAACAAACAUGGAACAGAAAUGCUGCCAAUGCAGCAGAGUUUGAAAUAGCUCAUGAAAAGAAAAGCCCACUUGUGUAAUUAAGUAUUGUAACUUCCCAUCAUUUGUAGAACCGGAGCCAAGAGCCGUGUGUGUAUGCAUUUUUCCCAGCUCGAGCACGGAUUUGCUGCUCAGCAGGUCAAGCCUCCCGCUGCCUGUCUCCUACUAGCCCCGGGAAUUCUGACUGAGUGGUACAGACGUCGUCAGCUCCCUCUAUAAAUGGGGUCUCAUGACCGAGAACUUCCUCAGUUAGUCGUUACGUUCACUUCAGAAGCAACACCACAGUUUUGGAAUCGUCAGUGGUACGAAUGCUGUGAAUAUCACGAAUCUGUAGAAAGAACCCACUGACCAUUGUCAAGUGUUUCAGGAGUUCACAGCAGCCAUGUGUCACCUGUCCAUGACCUCCUUCUUUUUCGGUCUAUUGAUGUUGGAGCAGAAAACAUGCAAUGGCAGUUCAGUUACUAAUUUUGACGCUGAGUUCAGCAUCAGCCUCUAUCAAGCACUCGCUGAGACAGAUAACAGCUCCAACUUGAUUGUGUCUCCAGCAAGCAUCUCUCUGAGCCUGAGAUUGUUGCAGCUUGGUGCAAGGGGAAACACAUUGGCACAAAUUGAAAGAACCAUGGGAUAUGACAUCAAUGACCCUACUAUCCAGGAAGCUGUAUCACAAGCCAGAUGUGACCUGUACAAUUCUAGCCAGGGUGGUCGGCUUCAGUUUACUAACACCCUGCUUAUACAGAGUGGAAUCCAGCUUCAGCCAGAAUUUACCCAGCAUGCUAUGCAAUGGUGCAAUAGCAGCCUGAUUAGUGUGAACUUCAGCCUUCCAAAUCACACACAAGUUCGAUUCCAGCAAGUGCCGACAAGCAGAGGUGAGGCAAAAGAAGUAAUGCAGGCCUCAUGGUGGGCCACUGUGCCUCAUAUGGCAUUGCUGAGCUCAGUGGACUUCCAGGGCAGCUGGCAGAAACAGUUUCUGUUUAGAAGGACACAAAAUCUGCCUUUUUCUUUGGCUAAUGGCAGUAACAUCAAAGUGCCCAUGAUGUACCAGUCGACUGAAGUAAAGUUUGGUCAGUUUCAUUUGCCAUCAGAUCAGCGCUACUCCGUCCUCGAGCUGCCCUACUCUGGCCAAUCCCUAAGCCUUUUGCUGGUGAUACCAAGUGAAAGGAAGACCCCACUCUCACUGUUUCAGACACAGCUCACCCGACGCACUUUGGCAAUCUGGAAUACAGGACUGCGGCACACCAAAAUGGACAUCUUCCUCCCCAGGUUUAAGUUGCACUACCAGGUCAACCUGAAGCCAGUUCUCGAGUUGCUCGGCAUUUCCGAUGCUUUCGAUCCAAUCUCUGCUGACUUCAGAGGUAUAUCAGAUACAGAGGGCUUCUAUGUUUCAGAGGCCGUCCAUAAAGCUAUGAUAGACGUGACGGAGAAUGGAACUGCAGCAGCGGCAGCCACAGCCAUGGUGCUGUUGAAAAGAUCCAGGGCGUCUGUGUUCAAAGUGGACCGCCCAUUCCUCUUCAUCCUACGGUGUGUAAACGGAGGUUCGGUGCUGUUUAUAGGCAGAGUAAUGAAUCCAGCAAAGGAGUAGAAUAAAUACGACACACACUGUCCUCAACAUGCACACAAUACCCAGUAGCACACAAACCUGAUCUCUCUUCUCCCUCAUGGGUGGUUGGGGUGAAAGGUCAUAUGGGGACCAAUAAGAGGGAUUUGUACAUAUUUGUAAA